AUGCUGUCUUUGAUCGGCUCUUCGCUCCUCCAUCCCUCCAAGCGCACCCAGCUCUUGGAGAGGGCCAACGCAAAGCUAGGCGGCAAGCUCGCUUCCAUUGAUGCUGUCUACGUCCACUUUGUCAACUCUACCUCGGAUCAGGCCAACGCUGUUCUCGCUGAUGUCAAUAGUCCUCAACGCAACAUUCUCGACAGCCUUCUUGUCUAUGGCGACAAUGUCGAAUUCGCCCAAACUCGCUCUGCCGUGGACAAGAUCCUUGCUGCUGGUGCCGCCUCUGCCCAGCAGACCGUCCUCUUUGUGCUGCCUCGACCUGGAAGUAUCUCGCCCUGGUCGAGCAAAGCCACCGACAUCGCUCGCAUGUGCACGCUCAAGGACUAUGUUGAUCGCAUCGAGCGCGGUGUUGCCUAUGUGUUGGAACCUGCCGCUGCUACGACCCUUGAGGCCGUUGACAUUGCGCAGGUGCGCGACCUACUCCACGACCGCAUGACUCAGUUCAUCUCGGUCGUGCCUCCCACCGCUGAUGCGCUCUUCCACAAGGCGCAACCCGGUGCGCUCACUCACGUUGACCUUCUCGGUGCAGACGGCACCUCGGACCGUACCGUCGCUAAGCAGCGUCUCGUCGAUGCCAAUGAGAAGCUCGGUCUUGCGCUCGCCAACGACGAGAUCGACUACCUUGUCGAUGCUUUUAUCGCUGGCAAAGGGGAUGGCUCCGACGCUCUUCGUCGCAAUCCCACCGAUGUCGAACUCUUCAUGUUUGCUCAGGUAAACUCGGAGCACUGCCGUCACAAGAUUUUCAACGCAGACUGGACCAUCGACGGCAAGAACAUGCCCAACACCCUCUUCGGCAUGAUUCGCAAUACUCACAAGCUACACCCGCAGCACACCAUCAGCGCCUACUCGGACAAUGCCGCCGUCAUCGAAGGCUACGAAGCCACGCGUUUCGCUCCCUCCCCCGCUGGUGAUCUGGCUGUCUAUCAGGGUGUCAAGGAGCCCAUGCCUUUCCUCGCCAAGGUUGAGACCCACAACCAUCCCACCGCUGUUUCCCCGUACCCCGGUGCAGCCACUGGUUCCGGUGGAGAGAUCCGUGACGAAGGUGCUGUCGGACGCGGUUCCAAGCCUAAAGCCGGUCUGGUCGGAUUCAUGACCAGCAACCUUUUGCUUGAAGGCGACGGUCGUCAGCCUUGGGAGGAAGACUUUGGCAAGCCUUCGCACAUUUCCAGCGCCUACGACAUUAUGAUCGACGGUCCACUCGGCAGCUCUGCUUUCAACAACGAGUUUGGCCGUCCUGGUCUCAGCGGUUUCUGGCGAACCUGGUCCGAACGCAUCCCUAUCUCGGAGAGCGAGAGCGAGGUGCGAGGCUACCACAAGCCUAUCAUGCUGGCUGGCGGUCUCGGCAACGUACGACCCAAGAAUGCGCUCAAAUCCAAGAUCACGCCCGAUGCCGCCAUCAUCGUACUCGGUGGUCCCGGUAUGCUCAUCGGGCUUGGUGGAGGCGCAGCCUCUUCGAUGGCCAGUGGCAGCUCGUCGCGUGCUGCGCUCGACUUUGCCUCUGUGCAGCGUGACAACCCCGAGAUGCAGAGACGCUGCCAGCAGGUCAUUGAUGCUUGCACUGCGCUCAGCGAUGCUCCUGGUAUUAUUGAAGGCCGUGUCGGCCAAGGCAACCCGAUCCAGUCGAUUCACGAUGUCGGUGCUGGUGGUCUUAGCAAUGCGCUGCCCGAGCUGGUCCACGACGCAGGUCUGGGUGCUCGCUUUGAGAUCCGCGAUGUGCUUGUCGACGACCCGUCCAUGAGCCCCAUGGAGAUCUGGUGUAACGAGUCGCAGGAGCGAUACGUCCUUGCUGUCAGUCAAGAGGAUCUGCCUCGCUUCGAGGCUAUUGCCAAACGAGAGCGAUGUCCUUACUCGGUCGUUGGUCGCGCCACGGUCGAGCAGGAACUCGUCGUCACCGAUCGUCUGCUCGGCGGCACACCCAUCCACCUUCCCAUGCCCAUCCUCUUUGGCAAGCCGCCCAAGAUCGCACGUCAGGCGCAGAGCUCCAAGCCUCUCCGUAUUCCAUUCGAUUCGACGCUCACGUCGUAUCUGCCUGAGCACAAGAAUGACCCCGUCAAGAUGUUCGCCGAGGCCGUCGACCGCGUGCUCCAUCUCCCCACAGUCGCCUCGAAAAGCUUUUUGAUCACCAUCGGCGACCGAAGCAUCACAGGUCUCGUGGCGCGCGACCAGAUGGUCGGUCCAUACCAGGUGCCUGUUGCCGAUGUCGCUGUGACACGUACUUCGUACGGAUUUGACGAGAGUGUCACCGGUGAAGCGGUUGCGUCGGGCGAGCGUACGCCACUUGCUCUGAUCAGUGCCGCUGCUUCGGCUCGUAUGGCCGUAGCCGAAUCGCUCACCAACAUCGCCGCUGCCAGCAUCGAGAGUCUGGAACGCAUCAAGCUUUCCGCCAACUGGAUGUGCGCCGCAAGCCACUCGGAUGAAGGUGCGCGCCUUUACGAAGCCGUGCAGGCGAUCGGACUCGACUUGUGUCCCAAGCUGGGGCUUGCGAUUCCUGUCGGUAAGGACUCCAUGUCGAUGAAGAUGGCUUGGGAGUCGGCCGAGGGUGAGAAACGCCAAGUGACGGCACCGCUCUCGCUCACCGUGACCGCUUUCGGUCCCGUAGACGACAUCACGCGCACCUGGACGCCCGAACUUCGCACCGAUGUGGACGAUACGGUGCUACUCUUUGUCGACCUUGCUGGCGGAAAGCAGCGUCUGGGUGGAUCGUGUCUCGCCCAGGUCUUCCGUCAGCUGGGCCACGAAGCACCUGACGUUGAGGACGCUGCAGUUAUCAAGGCGUUCUUUGAAGCUUGCUACACGCUCAAGCAGCUUCGCGUUCAGAAACGCGACGAGGGCAGUCUGGUGCUCGCCUACCACGAUCGUUCUGAUGGUGGUUUAGUGACGGCCAUUCUGGAAAUGUGCUUUGCAGGCCAUUGCGGUGCCGAGGUAUUUGUGGAUGCGCUUGAUGCCGAGUUGCGCGACCCGGUGGCUGCUCUGUUCAACGAAGAGCUGGGUGCUGUUAUGCAGGUCAAGUCGGGCGAUGUCAAGGCGGUCUCGGCGGUUCUCACUGCGGCCGGUGUCCCCUCGAACCAGCUUCACGUUGUUGGACGUGUCACUCGGGACUCGCAGGAGAUCAAGGUGGUGGCACGAUCGCAGCCGUUGCUCUCGUCGACACGAGCGACACUCCAAAAGGCAUGGGCUGAGACGUCGUUCCGCAUGCAGAGUUUGCGAGACAACCCUGAAAGUGCAGCUACUGAGUUCGGCCUGAUUAGCGAUGAGCCUAGCUCAGUUGCUGCUCUGCGAUACGAGCUGACUUACAAUCCGCGCGAAGACGUUCUUGGCAGCUCGGUGGUUCAAGCGGCGCUGGAUGUGCGACCCAAAGUUGCUAUCUUGCGUGAGCAAGGUGUCAACGGACAGAUCGAGAUGGCGUGGGCUUUCAGCCGUGCAGGAUUCUGCGCUGUCGACGUCCACAUGUCGGACCUUGUAGAAGGUCGCAUCACGCUGGAUCGGUUUGUCGGUCUUGCCGCCUGCGGAGGCUUCUCGUUCGGCGACGUCUUGGGAGCAGGUAGUGGAUGGGCCAAGUCUAUCCUGCUGAAUCCUAACGUGAAAGCGCAGUUUGUUGAGUUUUUGCAGAAGCGCUCCGACACUUUCGCUUUGGGAGUGUGCAACGGAUGCCAGUUGCUUUCGCAACUCGGUGUUGCAGGCUUGAUUCCUGGAGCCGACAAGUGGCCUCUGUUCAAGCGCAACGAAUCAGGCCGAUUCGAAGGACGACUGUCGACGGUCCAGAUCACCAAGGUGGGUGGUGCGCAGUCGAUCUUCUUGGCCGACAUGGCCGGUUCCGUGCUUCCGGCUGUGAUUGCGCACGGAGAAGGCCGUGCGCACUUCCGCAACCAAGGCGAUCUGGAAGCGUGCAAGGCUCAAGGUCAAAUCGCUAUGCAGUACGUCGACGAGCGGUACCCCAUCAACCCCAAUGGAUCUCCCGAAGGUGUCACCGCGAUCACGGCGAACCACGGUCGAGUGCUGGCACUGAUGCCUCACCCAGAACGUGGUGUGGCAUUGUCGAGCAUGAGCUGGGCACCGCAGCACGCAUAUGCUCGCGGCGAGAAAGGUUGGCAAGGCAAAGGUCCGUGGUUCAGAAUGUUUGAGAAUGCUAGGAAGUGGGUUGCUUCGCAGCCAAAGUAG